UAUUAGUACUGAAAUAUCAAAUAACAGUUUUUUUGGUAACCAAAGUUGGAAAAGAUGGCUUCACAAUCACCAGGAGCAAAGUUGGCAUUAGCUCAUAUGCGUGAUUGGUUGAUUAUAUUGGCCCUUGGUGUUAUGGAUGGAUUAUUGAAUAUGAUAGAACCUUUUCAUCGUUAUGUUAAUAAGGACAUAAUGCAAGAUCUUAUGUUUCCAUUUAAACAAGACACUAUACCCAUGUGGGGUGUCCCAAUCUUGUCAAUUUUCAUCCCAAUUCUCAUCUUUAUUGCAUUUUACUUUGUCCGAGGGGAUAUCUAUGAUUUACACCAUGCAACAUUGGGUCUCUUGUUUGCAAGCUUAAUAACAGGAGUUAUCACGGAUUCCAUUAAAGAUGCUGUUGGUAGACCAAGACCAAACUUUUUUCAAAGGUGUUUUCCCAAUAAAAUACCGGUGUUUGACAAAGAAACUGGUGAUGUUCUUUGUACCGGGAUUAAGUCAGUUAUAAAAGAAGGAUACAAAAGCUUUCCGAGCGGUCAUACAUCAUGGUCCUUUGCUGGUCUUGGUUUUCUUUCAUGGUAUUUAUCAGGAAAAGUUAGAGUGUUUGAUCGUAGGGGCCAUAUUGGUAAAUUGAGUAUAGUCUUGCUUCCUUUACUUAUUGCUGCCCUUGUUGGAAUUACUCGAGUAGAUGAUUACUGGCAUCAUUGGACUGAUGUAUUUACUGGAGGUCUUAUAGGAAUUACCGUGUCUUCAACAUGUUAUUUGCUACUCUUUCCAUUUCCAACUUAUGCUCAUGGUUGGGCUCCUCAUGCAUUUUUUUACAUGUUGAAAGAGAGUGAAAGUUCUCAAAGAGAGAGUCAAACUCCAUCAUUUGUAAGGCUAGAAGACUCCUCCUUAGAGAUGGAUAAAAUGGAACGUGGAAAAUAAUGUACAUGAUUAUGAUUUUAUUCAUUAUUUUUAUUUUUGCGAGAUCUUAAUUAUUUAAUGAUAGUAGUAAGUUUGU